AUGCUUGACAUUAUUCGAGAGGCGCCUCUCGGCCAGGCAAUUCGAUUCCUCACUCAAAACAGGCUUCUUCAAUAUCCCGAAGAGAAGCCUGAUUUCAAGCUACCCGAAGCAUAUGUUGCGCAGCUUGAAAUACAUGAGAAACAAAGCAACAAUGGCCACGCAUCUUUUUCUUCUGCUCCAGGAGAGGCUAGCAUGGCAAGAAACAACAACGUCUCUCGAGUUCGAUCUGACGUUCAUACUAUCCCAUAUAGUUCUGAGCGUGUGAAGGCAGAGAAAGAGCUAGAAAUUGAGCGCACCAAAUCCCUCCCAAUUGCCCCUCAGAAAACAUCGGACGGUAUCGUUCUUGUUGAUUGGUAUACCACCGAUGAUCCAGAAAAUCCACAUAAUUGGUCGUCGUUCAAGAAGAUCUUGAUUACUACAAUCAUCUGCGUAUACACAUUUAUUGUUUACUCUGCCUCAUCUAUAUAUGCUCCCUCAGUCGAAGGGGUAUCAGAACAUUUUGGCGUUAGCAUCAUCGCAGCAGAACUUGGACUCGCGCUCUUUGUUCUUUGGUAUGGAGUGGGAGGAGUCGUAUUUGGGCCCCUCAGCGAGAUUCCUAUAGUUGGAAGAAAUCCGGUCUACUACGUGACAUUCAUCAUCUACUUCGGCAUUAGUUUUCCGACAGCAGUUGUGGGUAACUUUGGCGGCCUGCUAGUGUUACGAUCUCUCCAGGGGUUUUUUGGUAGUCCUGCUUUAACCAACGGAGGGGGGACAUUUGCCGACAUGUACGAUCUGAUUUACGUGCCUUAUCAGCUCUCUUUCUGGGUCUAUUGUGCGUGGGGUGGUCCAGCGAUUGGGCCGUUGAUUGGCGGCUUUGCUACAAUGUUCAAGGGAUGGCGGUGGCCCCUCUGGGAGAUUGUAUGGAUGAAUUCAUUCAUGCUUGUGGUGAUACUAUGCUUUUUGCCCGAAACCUCAGCUGCGAACCUAUUGAUGCGACGAGCAAAACGACUGCGAAAACGAGUCGGUGAUCCCAGGCUUCAAUCUCAGAGCGAGAUUGAUCAGAGACAUCUAACUGCCUCUGAGAUUUUAGUUGGCGCGCUCGUCAGGCCGAUUGAGAUUAUGAUUAAGGAUCCUGCGAUACUAUUCGUCAACAUCUAUACAGCCUUCUUCUAUGGAGUUUACUACACUUUCUUCGAAGUCUUCCCCCUAGUAUUCCCCCCCUUUUAUGGCUUUAAUCUAGGACAAACUGGUUUGGCAUUCUUAUCCUGCGAAGUCGGAGCUACAAUUGGCCUUCUUACCUAUAUCUGUUAUCUUUACUGGUAUAUGGUCCCUGACAACAUAAAAAACGGCCUUCGAGAGCAAGAACAUCGCCUCGUUCCAGCUAUUUUCGGCUCAGUCCUCCUCCCGAUCGGGCUGUUCAUGUUUGCAUGGACCGCUAAUGCGAAAAUACAUUGGAUUGUACCACUUAUAGGCGUUGUCAUCUUUGUCAUCGGGAUGUUCUGGAUUCUGCAGGCGCUCUUUGUAUACAUCCCAUUCUCCUACCCCACAUACGCAAAUUCUCUCUUUGCAGGGAACGAUAUAAGCAGAGCUGCUAUGGCUGCCGGCGCCAUCAUGUACGCAAGGCCUCUAUUCAUCAGCUUGGACGUUCAUAAAGGCGUUAGCGUGCUAGCUGGCUUGAGUGCUGGGGGCAUUCCGGGGACCUUCGUCUUAUACAAAUAUGGAGGCAAGUUGCGUGCCCGAUCGAAAUUCGCGGUACGAGGCUGA